AUAAAAAUUAAUUGUCUGCGAAUGCAGAAAUGCUAUUUCAAUACAAGGUUCAGCUAUAAAAUUAAUCUAUAAAAUGCUGUUUGCAGACUAAAAGAAAGACAUGAAAGAUACUUACAAGCUAUUGUUGGUAAUAGGGACAGGACCUGUAAUCAUGCCCUGUGUGUCAAACAGAUAUACAAGCUGGAGGAGCAGUGGAGGGAGAGAGGUACGGGUUCUCGUCUUUCAAGCAUGUGGUGGUAAACUCUACAUUACCUGUGUUUGGAAAAUUCAUAGCCUAAAACCUGGGAUAUAAGAGCUUCAGUCAACAUAAUUCUGCUGUAACAACUUGCUAUUUUUACUGAAAAGUAAAAUCACCUGAACAGCCCUCAGAUGAAAGGAAUGUACUGGACUUGAAACUGUACUUUCUACAAUCAACAUUAACUAACUCCGAUACCUUUUCUAUGUAAAGUAAAAUAGGCUUGACAAAAGAAGAAACUGAUAUUUUUCUUGCUCAACAUCACACAGAUCAUCUGUGUUCCAGUUUAGCAAACUCAAACUACAGACAUCAGUGUCCUUCUGUACAGUUCUAACAGUAUAAAGAGACUUCUGGAAGAGCUAUGGCACUACCGAAGAAAACUAAGCGCAUACUAACCAGAGAUGCCUUCAUUUUCUGCAUCAUCAUUAUAAUAAUGUAUAAAUAUUAUCAAUGGAAGGAGCAGCAAUUUAUUUAUGAAGAUGAUGACAUAAUGCCGGAAGAGGAGGAGCAGCCGCUGUUUCCAGAACCAGGAGUAAUGUUUGUGGAAACAACAGACAAUCUAAAUGUCUCAGCACUAUCAGUCUGUUCCAUUGAAUCUGCUGCACGGAUGUAUCCACAGAAACCUGUUGUCUACUUUAUGAAAGGCCUUAAUGACAGUAAAGCCAGCAUUUCUACCCAUUACAAAGCUUUUGAUGUAUUGAAAACCUUAAGCAAUGUAUACUUAAUUCCACUGGACUACAAAUUACUGUUCAAUCAUACCCCUCUGCUAUACUGGUACCAGAAGGUCAACCCUGCCAAUGAAAUAUACUGGAUUCAUGUCAUUUCUGAUGCAAGUCGCUUGGCACUACUGUGGAAAUAUGGUGGGAUUUACUUUGAUACUGAUGUUAUAUCAGUAAGACAAAUUCCAAAACGCAAUUUUCUUGCUGCAGAGUCAUCUUCCUCAUCUAGUAAUGGUGUCAUGGGAUUUGAAAGACAUCAUUAUUUUCCAUGGAAGUGUAUGAAGAAUUUUGUUAGAAACUACAGACGAAAUGUUUGGGGGAAUAAUGGCCCACGCCUUGUAACACACAUACUAAAGAUCUAUUGUGAUUUGCCUGAUUUCACUAAAACUGGAGAUAUCAACUGCCACAAUAUUUCUGUCUUACACCCCAACAGGUUUUAUCCAAUCCCUUUUGCUAAAUGGGAAGAAUAUUUUGAGCCUGUAACAGUUAUGCCUGCUUUCAGUAAUUCCUAUGCAUUGCAUCUUUGGAAUUACAUGAACAAGGACAAAAAGAAGACGAUUGUGGCAGACAGUGGUUCUUUGGCAGAAAAACUUUUCAUUCGAUAUUGCCCCCUUACUUACAAAACAUUUGUGAAAAAUAUCAGAUGACAGCAAAGACAAAUAAAAUACCCAAUGUAAUCAUAUUCAUGUCAGCUUUGACAAGAUUAAGCCAUUUGAAAAAUAUAUUUUCCAUGGAUCAGUUGAUAAUAUGCAUUAAGUACUGUGUGUGUGUGUGUGUGUGUGUGUGUGUGUGUGUGUGUG